GAUUUCCCCCUUAAAUUGGGUUGGGUCUUGGAAUAUUUGUGAGAACCGCGGCGGCCGUGAAGAGAAAUCCACAUGGAAUGCUGUCGUUUUGUCCUUGGGGGUUACGUCUGAAGCAGGAAGGUUCUAAAAUUGGCGGUUAGUUUGUGGGUGAUGCGUUGCAUGGGGGAAUCUGAAGGAAGGAAGGCGGGAGUCCGUUUCGUGUUGUUCUUGGUUUGACGUGAGUCCAGAACAUACGUGUGGGAUAUCAUAGGGAACUCAUGGCUCCCCUUAUGAAGAAUGCGGAGGAGAAUCCAGACGUAGAGCUUGGACAAUUACCGAGUCAUUCAAACGGAUUGAUCGUGCAUGCGAAAGAGCCGGAUGAGAACUGCCUCAACAGGCCGGGAAUCCACCUACACUCUGUUCCCAUAAUAUUGAAGUUCUCCGACGUAGUAUACAGCGUCACCUUGAAGCAGCCUAAGAAUUGGUGGAACGUAAUGAAGCUCAAAUCUAAUCUCGCGAAGACUCAACACAAGACGAAAGAGAUUUUACAUGGAAUAUCUGGGGUCGUCCGUCCUGGAGAGAUGCUCGUCAUGCUGGGGCCGUCUGGCAGUGGCAAAACAACUCUCCUCAAGGUCCUUGGAGGAAGGCUGAAGAGUGUGAAGGUGGAAGGAACAGUUCUUUACAACAACGAGCCUUACUCAAAGUUUGUGAAAAGACGCACGGGCUUUGUGACACAAGACGAUGUGCUGUUUCCGAACUUGACAGUGAAGGAGACACUUGUGUAUGCUGCCAGACUACGGCUACCUGACACUUACACGACUGAGGAGAAGGUGAAACGGGCGGAGUCUAUCAUCAACGAGCUUGGACUAGAUCGUUGUAAAGAUACCAUCAUUGGAGGUCAGUUCAAGCGAGGUGUUUCAGGAGGAGAAAGAAAGCGAGUCAGUAUCGGCCAUGAAAUGCUCGUGGACCCUAGCCUUCUCUUUUUGGAUGAGCCGACUUCGGGACUAGACUCAACAACUGCCUUGAGGAUUAUCAAAACCUUGAAGGACCUUGCGAAGAGCGGGAAAACCAUCAUAACCACGAUUCAUCAGCCUUCCAGCACUGUCUAUUAUAUGUUUGACAAAAUGAUUCUACUUUCCGAGGGUGAUCUGCUUUACUACGGCAGUGCCAAUCAUGCAAUGAGCUAUUUUGAAUCUAUCCAGAUUUCGCCGCCAUUUCCGAUGAAUCCUGCCGACUUUUUACUGGAUCUUGCUAAUGGAGUGACACCUGACAGGCUGAUUGAGGAGGGCAUUCCUUCUGCUUUUGAAUGGAGUAAGCAAGGCGACGACCUGAAAACCAUGCGACAAAAGUUGAUCGAAGCAUACAAGAUCAAUUUGGCUGAUCAAGUGCAUUCCGAAGUAGAUGGCACUGAUGCCGCUGCAACAGAUGAUAAAGCUAUGAUGAGUAAAUGGUCUACAUCAUGGAGGGAGCAAUUCAAAGUAUUACUGGGACGAGGUUGGAAGGAACGCCGCCAUGAAGCAUUUUCCCCCUUGAAAAUAGGGCAAGUUCUGGCAAUCACCAUAAUCUCCGGCUUGCUUUGGUGGAAAUCGUCCACUUCUCAAGUACAAGAUCAGGUCGGGCUUUUGUUCUUCUUCAUAACAUUUUGGGGAUUCUUCCCUGUGUUCUCUGCCAUCUUCACCUUCCCACAAGAACGAGCCAUGCUGAUCAAGGAAAGAGCCUCAGGAAUGUACCGGCUUAGUGCUUAUUUUAUGGCUCGCGUUGUAGGCGAUUUGCCUCUGGAGCUCGUUCUGCCAACCGUUUUCAUAACCAUCGUGUACUGGAUGGCCGGAUUGAAGGAAACUUUUGUGGCGUUCAUUCUGACUACUCUGGUUAUUCUUUACACUGUGCUUGUAUCCCAGGGGCUGGGACUCACAUUGGGGGCGGCUUUAAUGGAUGUCAAAAAAGCCACAACUCUAGCAUCUGUCAUUAUGUUGACUCUCUUGCUAGCUGGAGGGUAUUACAUUCAGGACACUCCCAAAUGGAUUGGAUGGAUCAAGUACCUCUCAGUCAGUUAUUGGGGCUACAAGCUCCAGCUAGCAGCCCAGUACUCCUCCGACCAGACCUAUCCUUGCUACACGGUUCCUUCUGGACGGUGCCGAAUUGCAGACUAUCCCGCAGUGGCUAAUGUGGGUCUGGAUCACCUGGGCAUUGCCGCAAUGGCUUUGGCCAUUAUGCUUUUCGGAUACAGAUUAAGUGCGUAUUUUUUCCUGUCACGGAUCAAAGGAUAUGACAAGUAAGGUAGGAGUACAGUAAGUGUAGCAUUGUGUUAGGAAAUUGAUUAAGGCCCAAAGUUGUUGUACAAUACGGUAGCCGGUUGCGGCGAUUCAUUAGUUUACAAAAAAAGUGGGCAUAUUUAUGUUACAUGAACAAUAUGGGCUGCACAUCAUAAGGAGUGCUCCUGUUACAACCAAGGAAAAUUUCAACCACA